CUCACAGCCCGGCCGCGUGCACCUCAUUAGUCUGGCGCCCUCGGGCGGGCCUCCCGGCGAGCCUGGAGGGCGCCCCGCCAAGCAGCGCGAGAAGUACGCCGCCGAGCUGAGCACGGCAAAGGCGCGGUGCGAGGACGCGGCGGAGGAGCUGAAGGCACGCGACCACCAGAUGGCGCUCCUCAAGAAGGCCAUCGCGGACGUCAAGGUGAAACUCGGGCAGCAGAAGAACCUCUACGAGACCGUCCGCUCCGACAAGAACUUGUACUCCAAGAAUUACAUCGAGUCAUUGGACGAGAUCUCUGAGAUGCGCAAGAAGUUCAAGGUGAUGAACCACCAGAUCGAGCAGCUGAAGGAGGAAAUCAAGGAGAAGGACAAGGCCCUCGUCAGCGAGCACACGGAACAUCAGAGCAUCAGCCGCGACACCGAGAAGUUCACCGACAACCUGAAGAAGCAUCAGAAGGCCACUACGAGGUCGCACCAGGUGGUCGAGCAGCAGCAGGGGGAGAUCAAAAAGCUCGAGUCCACCAUCCAGGAGGCGGAGUCCGAGAGGCAGAACCAGCGCAAGGAGUUCGAGGCUGUGAUCAGCGAGCGCAACAUCUUAGGAACCCAGCUGGUUCGACGGAACGAGGAGCUGGCUCUGCUGUACGAGAAGAUCAAGAUUCAGGAGAGCACUCUCAAGAAGGGCGAGAUCCAGUACAAGUUGCGCCAAGAUGAGAUCAAGAAGCAGAAGGACGCCCUUCUCGAUGUCUUCAGUCCUGCG